AUGGUGCUCGUACAAGAAGUGAAAGAACACGCGUUAAGGGCCAACGCUAAAGUGGCCCAGUAUGGCGUUGCAGGUUACGUGGGGGUGUUUUUCGCAGCCAUUUUGUUGUAUGCUCUCUAUCGAAAUUUGAAGAUCUUUUACUUGCGCAAGAGAUUUGGCGCCGAGUUGGCUCCGUGGAUCCCCAAAUCAGGCUGGUUCAACUCGAGACCGGCGCUUGUUAUGUUUAGAAGAAAAAGCCAGGGCGAGUUGGUUGGCUGGUUGUGGACCAAGUUUUAUGGGGAGCACGAGAACUACAGAGUGAGAAUUGGUGGCGAUACGCUAUUUGUGACGAUCGACCCCGAGAACUUGAGAGCCGUGUUGGCGACGCAGUUCAAUGACUUUGCGUUGGCGUUGAGACACUCUCAUUUCAAGCCUGUUUUGGGUGAUGGUGUGUUCACGUUGGACUAUGGCGGAUGGAAGCACCUGCGCGCGCUCUUGAGACCCAACUUCUCCAGAGAGAAGGUGUCACACACCCAGGCGCUUGAGAAGCACGUUCAGCAUUUGUUCAGACAUGUGAGAAAGUACCAGGGCCAGAAGUUCGACUUGCAGGAGCUCUUCUACAGGUUUACCGUAGACACCUCUACGGAAUUCUUGUUUGGCCAGUCUGUGUACGGGCUUUUGGACGAAAGCAUUGGUGAAAACCACCCAGAAGCAUUUGAAGGCGAGAGACAGUUCUACGAGGCGUUCAACAGGGCCCAGGAGAUCAUGGCCACCAGAGCGUGGAUGCAGAAGUGGUACAUGUUCUACUAUCCAAGGGACUUCAAGAAGAACACCAGAAUUGUCCACAACUUGGCCGACUUCUACGUGCAGAAGGCCCUUGCCAUGUCCCCUGAAGAGAUCGAGAAGGUGUCUGACGGCUAUGUCUUCUUGUACGAGCUCGUCAAGGAGACCAGAGACCCCAAGAUGUUGAGAGACCAGUUGUUGAACAUUAUGAUUGCCGGUAGAGACACCACGGCGUCGCUCAUGACCUUCACCUUCUUCGAGUUGGCCAGAAACCCAGACGUGUUCGAGAGGUUGAAGGCUGAAAUCAGGGAGAAGUUUGGCACGGGCUCCACCGGCAACAUUGAGGACAUCACCUUCGAGACCCUCAAGAAGUGUACCUUCUUGAAGUACGUGAUCAACGAGGUGCUCAGAUUGUACCCUGCGGUGCCCAUCAACUACAGAUUUGCCAACAAGCACACGACGUUGCCUCGUGGCGGUGGCCCUAACGGUGACAAGCCUGUGUUUAUUGAAAAGGGCACUUGCAUUGGUUACUUGGUGAGUUGUACCCACCGUAACGAGAAGUACUACGGCAAGGACGCCCACGAAUUCAGACCAGACAGAUGGGCCGACAGAAGCUUGAAGCCUGGUUGGGCAUACUUGCCUUUUAACGGUGGCCCCAGAAUUUGCUUGGGCCAGCAAUUCGCCAUCACUGAGGCUUCCUACGUGAUUGCCAGAUUCAUGAUGGAGUUUGACAAGCUCUACGAUCAUUACCCUGAGCCCGACAGAUACCCACCUCGCCAGGUCUCACAGUUGACCACCACGCUCGCUACCGGCUGCUGGUUGGCCAUGGAGUAG